UCUAAUCUCAAUUUAAUUCUAAAUCUAUGAAGUAGAUACCAUUGCCAUUUUUAAAAAUAAAACAGAGGCUUAACCUAUUCAAAGAUCCCAAGAAUAUGGCAAAACUAAUAUUUGACCCCAGGUCUGUGCUCUUUCAACUCGCUGCCUUCUGAAACUUACAGUACACAUAAGACUGGGACAAGAAAAAGAGUAACUGGCACUUGAUUCCUCCAUUUUUCUGAAGUUAUUUAGCCCACUCCCACUCCAGCUCUACAUUGAACCCAUAAAUCCUGUCUCCUUAGAUAAAGGGAAUGUCAGUCAUAGUAAUUCUUCAGGGCAUUACCAUGGUUACCAAACACAGAGACCAGUGCUCCAGCCUGGACAUUCCAGAAGAGGACAGGGAGGAGCUAAGAUGGCCUUCUUCAACUUAUAUCUAUUGGGAUAUCAAAAUUCCUUUUGGAACAAGAAAAGGGACACAACUAAAGAAACAAGUGAUGUUAACUGACCUUUUGAUUAAGGUGGUGUUUGCCAGUUUUCUCCACUGUCAAGACCAGAAGGAACCAGUGCCCACUAGGCUUCCCCGUAUUAUCUCAGAAGAUGGGAAUUAUUCCGUACACCAGAAUAGCCACACAAGGUAUCAUGAAGCUAUAAAGAAGGUGUUGUUAAAGACAUUCCCCAAUCAGGUCUUCAGAGUCCCCUUGACUGAUGCUCAGAACUUCAGCUUCUGGCGGUCCCAUGAUCCAGGAGCGCGCCCAGAAGAAACCAUGCCAUGGAUCCGGAGCCCCCGCCACUGCCUCAUUAAAAGCCCAAUGACCAGGUUUAUGGAUCACUCUGUUCUGAGUGACAGAAACUUCAGUCUGUAUUGAACAGGAUAUAUUUGCAUGAUGGACUGUGGAAGCAGGGCAAAGAAGGAGAAAACGGAGAAGGUGUCCUGGUUCCACUGAGGGACUAAUGGGAGGAGGGGACCUCAAGAGCAGAGUAAACAUUGGAUUAGAAGUCA